AUGCCAUGGUAAGCAAGGUAGGAAUUAGGGGGGGGGGGACAUUGCCAGCAGUAUGUCUCAUGACAUUGCCAGCAGUAAGAUUUGAGUUCGAUUUCCAAAAAGACAAGGAAUGUAGCUUUCGAAUAAUGUCACUUUUCCCCCAAACUCACCGGAAACAACCACUGAGUUUAACAGGUUAAUGUGAGGUUCAGAAAUAGUUGUGUAACAUUACUCACAUUUUUAUGGAGGGCAGGUGCUAGCAUCGACCUUACACAACCAGGUCAGAAGGAACAGAGUUGCCCCACUGGACUUAAUUGGCCAUUCUGAUCCUCAGCUGGUCAAUUUCCUUAUGUGACACCUCCCCUCCCACCCCCAAGAGACAGACCAUGUGUCUCAAGUCCCAGGCCAGAGGUCAGAUAAACUAACUAGCCUAAAUUUGUAAGGGACUUGGCAACAUCAUAUAAGAUAGCAGUCAAUGAAAUGGUGCAAAACAAUAAAGUCUCCAACUCACCGUUAGUUUUUAUUUUGUUGUCUGCCAGUUUCAGGCUCUCUGAUCUUCACACUCUCUGUGUCUGCAGGAUGAACAGCAGUGGUCAGUCAUACCCGUUGUCCUCCCUGUACGUAGGGGACCUGCACCCUGACGUCACAGAGUCCAUACUCUACCAGAAGUUCUCUCCUGCUGGGCCCAUCAUGUCCAUCCGCGUCUGCCGUGAUGUCAUCACUCGCAGGUCCCCUAGGAUACGCCUACAUCAACUUCCAGCAGCCCGCUGAUGGUAACAUUUUUACUACGUAUCAAUCAUGGACAAAUAGACAUAAGCUGAUGGUAACUCACACCAUAUGAGAGCUUUGUCUCUCUUAAUUAGAGCCACUCCAAAUGUCAACUACAUUGAAGUAGACUUUGCUAUUUGCUUUGAUCAACUGGAUGGCAAGAUUAAUCCUGCUAAUUGAUUAAUAUUCCAAUGAUUAAACCAAUUAAAUAUUAUAUAAAUUUAUUCAUGGACAUGUGUAUGAUGAGCAGAUGUCUGAUGUAGUGUAUGUCUUUAGUCUUUUUCAGCGGAAUGUGUUCUGGAUACGAUAAACUAUGAGGUCCUCAAGGGUCGACCAAUCAGAAUAAUGUGGUCUCAGCGCGACCCAGGGCUACGGAAGUCUGGAGCUGGAAACAUUUUUAUCAAGAACAUGGACGAGUCCAUUGACAACAAUGCCCUGUAUGACACAUUCUCAGCCUUCAGGAAUAUUCUGUCUUGUAAGGUAGACAUUAGACAUUCUAUUCUUGUCUGAGUGUCAGGGCAUCAUUUUUCUGCACCAACAUGAACUUUUCAAUUUCAGGUUGUGUGUGAUGAGAAUGGCUCCAAAGGCUACGGCUUUGUUCACUUUGACACUCAAGAGGCAGCCAAUCGAGCCAUUGAUACCAUGAAUGGAAUGCUGUUGAAUGACCGGAAGUGUGAGUGAACAAAUUCCUACCAAGAGCUAUUUAUUCUAUCCAUAUGGUAUUUGUAUUUUAUUUAAUUUUUUACAUUUCUUUCAACCAGUCUAUAAACCACCUGGAAUUGAAUGAGAUGUAAGUGGGGAAAGUGCAAAGAAAAUCUGUAAUGGUUUGGGAGGAGGAGGGAAUAUUGAUUUGUUCAACGUUUAUUCAGACCGUGAUAAACGUUUUAGCAGAUAAUAUUUUCAUGUUCUUUGCUCAGGCUAGAGACAUGUAGUGACUCUGGCAAUGCACACCCAAAGGCCCAUUUCCUGGGGGAAAAAUGUCAGUUGUCCACGAUUAGGUGAGGGGAAAUAGUAGACAGUUGUUCCUGUCCUUUUUUUUUAUUUGAAUAAGGUUUGGUCUGAUGGCCAAGUUGAGACUUGCAGGACUUUCUAAAUCAAGCAUUGAAAACAUGCUUAUGCUGAAUGAUAAUCAACUGCCUGUCAAGAAUGUGUAAAAUCAAAGGUUGAUAUCAGAAUCAAUGUAAGUCUCCACACUUAAAACUACUCCACAUCCCAGCAUAUGAGUUUGUUCUUUUGUAUAUAUACAUCAUCCUCUGUUUUCUAUUAAAGGAUUUCUUUUUCUAUAUUUCUAUCUCUCAACUGUCCCUGGUGAUGGGUGUGGUGUUCAGUUUUGUUGGCCACUUUAAGUCCCGAAAGGAGCGACAGGCUGAGUUUGGGGCCAAAGCCAUGAAGUUCACAAACGUGUACAUCAAGAACUUUGGCGAAGACUAUAGCGAUGACAAACUCAAGGAUGUCUUCUCAGCAUUUGGUAAGAACAUCCUGAAAGUAGGACAUAUGACUAGACUAGCUUUGACAUGACUUAAUAUCCCUUUCUUUGGGCACUAGUAUAAAGUGCUGGUUGAUGUUGUAUUUUAUUGAAAUGAACAUUCUGGAACAUCCAUGUAAUCAGAUGUAGGGGGUGAAUUGGCAUGAAAGCUUAUAAUAUAUAGGCUCCUUGUCUUUUCUUGGUCUCCCAGGCAGGUCCCUCAGUGUGCGGUUGAUGAUGGACGAAAGGGUCUCGUGGAUUUGGCUUUGUAAACUAUGGAAACCACGAGGAUGCACAAAGGGUUUGUAUAUGGGUUUUAUGGGACUACUCUGAAGUUGCUCCCUUAUGUGUCAUCUCCUCAUCAACCAUUAUAAUGUGAAAAUUGGGAACAUGACAUUUAAAAUUGGGCUUUUUUAGUUGACCUUGACUGCUUUUAGGCAGUUGAGCAGAUGAAUGGGAAAAAACUCAAUCCUGGUCGAGUUCUGUAUGUGGGACAUGCUCAGAAGAGGAUCGAGCGACAGGGGAAGCUGAAACGCAAGUUUGAGCUGAUGAAACAAGAACGCAUCCACCGCUAUCAGGUACUGUGGGGAAGUGCGCACACCUGUGGUAUGAAGAAAAAUGGCUUUAACGUAAGUUAAUUGGAAGAAGUGUCUUGUGUUGAUUCAGGGGGUCAAUUUGUACGUCAAGAACUUGGAUGAUGGGUUAGACGACGAGAAACUCAGGAAGGAGUUUGCACCUUACGGCACCAUCACCAGUGCCAAGGUGGUAAUACCCAACUUUUUCAUGAGUAGUCACAUCUGCUAUCCAAUGAUGUAUCACAAAGGAUCUGUGUACUAUCUCUGUACCUCGUAACUUCUUGAUCUUCCCUAACUCUUGCCUUCACUCAGGUGAUGACGGACGGGGUCCACAGCAAGGGCUUUGGCUUUGUCUGUUUCUCAUCGCCCGAGGAAGCCACCAAAGCGGUGACUGAGAUGAACGGCCGCAUCGUGGUCACCAAACCGCUGUACGUGGCUAUAGCCCAGCGCAAGGAGGAACGUAAUGCCAUCCUCACCCCAACAAGUACAUGCAGAGGCUGGGCACCGUCGGGACCAGACCACAGGGUGAGUUGGAGGCAGCGCUCACAUAGAAAGCUUUUUAGAUGAGAUACUGGAGCUAAAGGCAAAGAAUUAGAAUUAAACGACUAAAGCGUUACUGCAACUCUAACAUGUUUAUUUGUUACACUAAUGUGUUUGUUUGUGAUGCCCUAUUGACAUGGCAUGUGUUGUUUUGCUAUCAGCCCCCUACUCAGGCCAGUUUGUUAGGUCUGCUGUUCCCCGACAAGCCUCCACCACCGUCAGAAAGGCCUCCACCCAGGGUCCACUCAUCAACUACACACAGAGGAUGGGUAUGGGCUACAUCCAAAAGCUUACUCAAAACACUUACUUACUAAACCAGUGUGUGCAAAAACCAAAUAGUAACCAAGCGACACCCACCUCUCCAGCUAACAUUGGCACACAGACAGCAGGAGGUCGUGCAGGCAUGUCUGGUGAUAUGGUCUGAGGCAUCCAGUAUAAGCACUCCUCAGGGGUGCAGGACAUUUCUAAGUUGCAUCCUUUCCCCAAUGAAAUACAAUGUAAAAUAACUGCAGAAUUGAAUAUGUAUUUGUGUAGUUUAUUGUUUUGACACAGAACAUAAUGAUGCAUACAUUGUGGUGACUGAUUGCUGGUAUUUUACAUCUGCCUUUAAGAGUUACAUCCCAGUGGUAAUUUGUAUUGCAUUGUGUUUAAUAUUUCCUGUUGUAAGGUUGUUACCCAGAUGAUGGCGCUAGCGGUGCACGUCAGUGGCCAGGAACCCCUCACUGCCUCCAUGCUGGCUACAGCCCCUCUCAUGGAGCAGAAAAAGCUGCUGGGUUGUGACUGGAAUGGUAUUGGUGAGUGUUCAUUAAUUGUGAUGGCAGUCUCUCAAUCUAAUCUCAUUCUCUCUUUCCCUUGGUUUGCAGGUGAGCGACUGUACCCGCCGAUCCAGGGCCUUCACCCCAACCUGGCUGGUAAAAUCACUGGGAUGCUGCUGGAGAUUGACAACUCUGAGCUGCUGCACAUGCCGGAGUCACCAGAGUCCCUUCGCUCUAAGGUAUGACAUGCUUCCACUCUGUCCUUUCAGGUCAGCGAAGAGGAAGAAAUUCUAAAUGCAUAAAGGAGGCCACUUAUGAGCCCUGGGAGUUCCUUGGUGGUGGGUUAUCAUGGUUGUUAUUGUGCUCUCUCUUCACUGUUCUCUCCAGGUGAAGGAGGUGGUGGCUGUGCUGCAAGCCCACCAGGCUAAGGAAAACUCUCCUAAGAAGUAA